CUCGAUUUGAACCAAUCUCUUACAAAGUCGAAGUUGAGGUGGAGGCACGUAGUAAAUAAACUGAAUGAAUGUGACAGUCAGCAGCUAUCUGUGUGAGCCCUACGACAAUUUCGACUUGAUUUCUUGUUUUCUCCGGGUGCUGUCAGGUGGAGCAGUCAGCUGUUUGCUACGCAACACAAAGAGUUGUCCGAAGAAAGAGCUAAACGUUUAAUUUGCAUCUGUGGACGUUAGGUAACGUAGCAAAUCUUGAGCUCGUAUACUAGUGAGUAACUUCAUUGAGGUCGUACCAGGCCUGUUUUGAUAAAUAGACAAAACAUCUAAUUGAGGAAUUGAAUACUAGACAAGACCUAAACGUAAACUAGUUUUUCUCAGGCACAUAUUUAGCUUGUAUUUGUCUCACGGAGCUGUAGUGGUGGGCUGUCGCUAACUUACCCUGGCUUCGAAUUAACCCGUCAGCGAGCUAACGUGCGGCUUUAACAUCUUUUGGCGCGAACGUUCGAUCAUUCAUCGCUCGCGGGACAGCUCGUGCGUCGUUAUAGCAUCAGUGACCAAUGCCACCAGCUCACCAAACCCAUAACUCUUAAGAUUUAGACAAGUGCAAAAGCAGGCCAGGACUAGUCAUCGGCUAGCAAAGUCGCAUGUCAUACAGCAGUUAGCUUUACAAGGAUCGUUAUAGGUCUAGAUGCAUGGUUUGAGUUAUUAUUGAAGCACGAUCAAGAACCGUAGAAAUGUCGGAUACUAGUAAAGAAGUGGUGGAUCUUGUGUGGGGCAGACCCAGCAGCGGGGCAGUGUCAGCAUCUCUCUUUGGCAGGUGGUCUCAAGGUUUAGUCUUCAGCGAGUCAGAGCGCACUGCAUUGGAGCAGUUUGAAGGUGGGCCGUGUGCUGUCAUUGCACCUGUUCAGGCUUUCCUGUUGAAGAACAUUCUGUUUAAUAGUGAAGGCUCAAACUGGAGGGAUAUCUCAGAGGAAGAGCAGCGGACAGUUUUGUGCUCCACGCUCAGUGAGAUCCUGGAGUCAGCUUGCCUCAAUACACCACUGGCCUUUCACCUGGCUACCUGGCCUCGUGCCAAGACCACAGACAGCCACCAAGAGCCCGAGUCCAGCCAACCUACUGACACGCCAACUGCUUUGGCUGCUGAAGAGCUUGGCUUUGAGGGGUUUCACAGUGUCAUACAGAAAAGGACUCUUAGAAAUGUUUCUGAGCUGAGAGAGGCAGUGUUGUCUUUAUAUGACACUUGGAGGAACAAAUUUGGGGUUCUCCUGUUCCUGUACUCUGUCAUACUAACAAAGGGAAUUGAGAACAUAAAGAAUGAAAUUGAAGACACCUCUGAGCCUCUGAUUGACCCUGUGUAUGGCCAUGGCAGCCAAAGUCUAAUCAAUCUACUGGUGACAGGUCAUGCCGUUUCCAAUGUGUGGGAUGGUGAUCGUGAAUGUUCUGGAAUGAUGCUUCACGGCAUCCAUCAGCAGGCCUCUGUUGGCUUUCUCACACUAAUGGAGUCACUGCGCUAUUGCAAGGUUGGCGCAUGUCUCAAGUCUCCAAAGUUCCCUAUUUGGAUUCUUGGCAGUGAGACUCACCUUUCGGUAUUCUUCACUAAGGAGAUGGCUUUGGUGGCCCCAGAGUCUUCAUCAGAGCAAGCUAGGAGAGUCUUUCAGAGCUUUGACCCAGAAGAUAAUGGGUUCAUUCCAGACACACUGCUUGAAGAUGUUAUGAAAGCUUUGGAUCUCGUCUCAGACCCAGACUAUGUUAAUCUGAUGAAGAGCAAGUUGGAUCCAGAGGGGUUGGGUAUCAUUCUGUUGGGGCAGUUUCUGCUGGAGUUCUUCCCGGAUCAGGAUUCUGUGAUCCCAGACUCAUUUCCCGUGUAUCAUUAUAACGGCCUGAAGCAGUCCAACCACAAUGAGAAGGUGAGUUAUGUUGAGGGUACCGCUCUGGUCAUGGGUUUUGAGGAUCCUAUGGUACGUACAGACGACACCCCUGUCAAGCGCUGUCUACAAACCAAGUGGCCCUACAUCGAGCUCCUGUGGACCACAGAGAGGUCGCCCUCCCUCAAUUAACUUUUAACCUUGUCUCGCCUGUCAGCUACUUGCUGCUGGAGGAAUGCUGAACCUUUCAUAGGACUUCUCAAUCUCUGCACUACAUUUAGUAGGCCAACAUAGGGCCUGAAGGUAAACUGAGAGACGAUGCUCUUUGCCUGGCACCGUUACAAAGGCUCUUACAGUACACAUCUCAAUUGGCUUGUACGUUUGAUUUGGGCUAACUUUGUGUUUACAGCCCUUCAUAAGUUGAACUUCAUUAUUAUUAUUAUUAUUAUUAUUAUUUUGUAAAUUGUGUAAUUUUUUGCCAUCUGUUACUGAAUGUAUACCAAAUGUUUUUUGCUUUGCAGGUGUUCAUUUUUUUUGUCAGCAUUAUUUUGUUUACUUAUUUGAAAAGAUAAAUCUUUGAACUACAACACUGACUGUGAUUGAUCUUGUAUGUAAUUUAUAGAAUUGUUAAUAUAUAUAAUUUUUUUUUAGAUUGACACUGCAAUGUUAGUUUGCAAUUUUUUUAAGGGAUAAUUUGACCAAAGCUCUUCUGGUUGAAGAUUAAGUAUUUGUGUAAAUGUUAAAUGGUCGGAUGGGUGGUUGUCAGGUUCUACAACACUGUCCUGGCCCUAAGACAAGGUCUUUAAAUGGGUUUACAAAAGAAAUGCACAACAACCCCAUGGUGGGCACCAAAUGAUGGCAAGAGGACUGAAGAUGGUAAGAGAAGAACGAUUUAAGUAUUUAAACGUUGAAGGAACAACCCUCCAGGAGGGAUUCUGGAAUGACACUAUGAUUCUCUGCAUGAGAGAGAACAAUAUACACAGAGACAAGCAUUCACCAUUUAUUUAUUAUGAUCCUGAUGGUUCACCUAAAUAAACACCUUAUGUUCUUCA